AUGGUGUCCAUGACAUUUGCCUGGAGCGCUAUGAGCGUCGUUGUAGCGGUCGUGGCUGCGUCCAGCAGCCCACACAAGAUCUCGUCGCUUCCUGGCUACAACGACGCCAAGCCCAUCAAUUUUGACCAGUAUGCCGGCCACAUGGCCCUGCCGAGCAAUGGCCAAAAGAUGUUUUACUGGCACGUCGAGUCGGAAUCGAGUCCGUCGACCGAUCCGUUGGUGCUGUGGCUCAACGGCGGCCCUGGCUGCUCGUCGUUGACUGGUUUCUUUGGCGAGUUGGGACCGUUUGUCGUCCAGAGCGACUUGAGUGUCAAGCGCAACCCGUAUGCGUGGAACCGCAAGACGAACAUGGUGUUUUUGGAAUCGCCAGGCGGCGUCGGGUUCAGCCAGCGCGUGAACGAGACUCUGUACACAGACGACUACACCACGGCGCGAGCGUACGAGUUCCUCGAGCAAUUCUUUGAGCUGUACCCGACCUACAAGAACCGGGACUUUUACGUGACGGGCGAAAGUUAUGCCGGCAUUUACGUGCCGUACUUGGUUCACAAACUGGUCAAGGACCCGAUUGCGAACGUCAAGUUGACGGGUUUUGCAAUUGGCAAUGCAUAUACUGACAGUGCGUCGGAUGCUGGCUCGUAUAUCGACUACUUCUACUCGCACGCGCUGAUUUCGAUUGAAAAUGCAUGA